CCCCCGGGCGGCCCGAGCGCGGCCUUGCCGGACGGCUUCCUGGUGCGCCGGACGCCGCGCUCGUUCGCUCCGCCGCAACCUGCUGCUCCUCCGCGCCCGCGCCGCGCCGCGCCCCGGGAAUGGCUGGCAAAGCACACAGGCUAAGUGCAGAGGAGCGGGACCAGUUGCUGCCAAACCUGCGGGCGGUGGGGUGGAAUGAGCUGGAAGGCCGGGAUGCCAUCUUUAAGCAGUUCCAUUUCAAAGACUUCAAUAGGGCUUUUGGCUUCAUGACACGAGUGGCUCUGCAGGCUGAGAAACUGGACCACCAUCCUGAAUGGUUUAACGUGUACAACAAGGUUCACAUCACCCUGAGCACCCACGAAUGUGCGGGCCUCUCAGAACGGGACAUAAACCUGGCCAGCUUCAUCGAGCAAGUAGCAGUGUCCAUGACAUAGACCCUGCGCUUCCUCUGUGAGCUCUUCAGGGGAAAGGGGAAGUGCUGCUGGGGGUCCAGAGAGGGAAUGGGGGAGUCCCGAGACGUUGCUGCAGUCAGAUCUGCCAAGUCAACCCUGCUGCCUUUGUAUAGGGGCCAGUCUUUGCCAUGGAAGGAGAGGCCAGGAUCAUUGCCAACACUAGGAACUUAGACCAGUUUCCCCGCACCACCCUCUUCCUCUUUGGAGCUCUGUUACAUGUGUACUGAUUUAAGUAGCAUCUGCCCUGCCUUUACGACUUCCCAGCAACAGUAAUGAUUUUCUUUCCGGGCGGUGUCUUGCUCCCUUUCUAAUUCAUAUCCCAAAAAGCUGUGAUAGAAGCCCUGUCUAAGAUAAAGUCUCAUCUUAGAAACCAGGACCCUAAAGUCAUCCUCAUCCUAUGUAACAGAGACACACGUGUCUUUACGCCUCAAAUAAAAUCAUCGCUUCCCUCAA